AUGUCGCCAAAUACCGCAGCAAACCUCCCUCGUCCUGUCCGUCGACGACCUUCUCUGCUAGCUAGUUUCCGUCCCAAAACUGCGAUAGCUGGAGCUGAUCUCCCUUUGCCCCCGUUGCCUUCGCGUCCACACACCGGUGUAUGGGUCCCUCAUAAGGAUGGAAGCUAUCGAGAAGCGGUUUCGCCCUUUUCCCAUGAGAUUGCGGUGUGCGACUCGAGCGCCAGAAAGCAACAUCAUCAACAGCAACAAGUACAAUCUGGUUCUUUUGCAACACCAAGCUUUCUCGAUCUCGAACCAGAAAAUCACAAUGCGUUUCCACUUCUGAAAACAAGACAUCGUGCCAGCAAGAGCUUCUCCAAUCUACGCCAUGGUGUCACACACGAAUUGAGGGCCGUUGCGCGUCGCCUUUCCCUGACUAUUCGACACAAAUCUUCCAAGUAUAGCCUCUCAGUACCAAUGGCGGGGAAUGAUGAUGGCAAUACUUCGGACGACUAUAGGUCAGCCGAUUCAGGAGCUGUCGUGGGAUUCCAGACCUGUCGUUCAUUUCAUGGUCCUCCCGCCAGUAGUCUCAAUACGCUUAACCGUCACGGUUCACCACCCCCGCCGCUACCUUGCGUGACAGAUCCGAUUCCAGGAAAUGGUUCGGAGCCGCCAAUCCUCCCCGAUGAUCUCUCGCGUGGCGCCGCUGCCAGAGCUGCUGCUGCUGCGCAAAAUGAGAUGGUCAAAAUUGGCCGUGUGACCUCACAGGACGAUUCGAAGAUAUUCGAAUUUGAAACGGCUCCGAUUGAAGAGUCAGAUGUGGCAGGGGAUUCUGAGAGUGGCAUUGACGUCAACCUGCAGAAUCGCGUAGAUGUCUCUGAAGAUGAUUCGGAGGUUGUGCGCAAAAAUCCGAUGGAUUAUCUGCCCGCUGAACUCAUGGCACACGUCCUUUCGUUUCUUGAUUCCGACUCGCUGAAACAAGCAGAAUUGGUUUCCCAUCAAUGGCACGAGCUUGCCUCUUCUCAUCAUGUGUGGAGAGCAGCGCUCUGGCAUGAGUACAAACGCUGGCCUAAGGCAGGAAAACUAGCAAACGGCCAACCCAAGUAUAUGGGGUUAGGACGUAUUCGACCGAACCAGGACUGGAAGAAAAUGUUUGCCGUUCGACGAGCUCUGGAAUCUCGCUGGAAGAAGGGCAAAGCUGCGGCUAUCUUCUUGCAUGGUCACAAAGACAGCGUCUAUUGUGUUCAGUUUGAUGAGAACAAAAUCCUCACUGGUUCCCGCGACCGAACUAUACGUGUCUGGGAUGCGCACUAUCCCUGGCCUUGCCUCAAGGUCAUCGGAGUUCCUCCUGAUCCACCAUCACCGUUCAGACAGGGCCGACUUCAUCUGCCCCACGGUCCACUUUCACCAGACCAUGUUACCCCAGCCUCUGCAACAGGUGACUACCACCGCGGCUCCAUCCUCUGCCUCCAAUAUGACGACGAAAUCCUCGUCACUGGCUCUUCCGACCAUAUCUGCAUAGUUUGGGAUAUCAAAAACGAUUACAAAGCUAUCCGUCGCCUCACAGGCCACCAAGCUGGCGUCCUCGACGUCUGCUUCGAUGACAAAUACAUUGUCUCCUGCUCUAAAGAUACCACCAUCUGCAUCUGGGAUCGGCGUACGGGUGAGCUUGUCAAACGCCUCCUGGGCCACCGUGGGCCAGUCAACUCGGUUCAGCUCCGCGGUGAGCUGAUCGUCUCCGCCAGCGGUGACGGCGUCGCCAAGCUCUGGAAUAUCACCUCAGGUCUAUGUAUCAAAGAAUUCACUAGCCGUAACCGCGGCCUCGCCUGCGUUGAGUUCUCUGAGGACGCUCGCACAAUCCUAGCGGGCGGUAACGAUGAACUCAUCUACCAAUUCGAUGCAAACACAGGUGAGCUUGUGAACGAGUUGAAGGGCCAUUGGGCCCUCGUGCGCUCAUUGCAUAUGGAUUCGACAAAUGGGCGGAUAGUCAGUGGGAGUUACGAUAGGAGUGUGAGGGUGUAUGAUGCGGCAAGUGGGCAGUUAUCGAUUAGUUUGACCACUUGGACGUCGAGUUGGAUUCUCGGUGCCAAGAGUGAUUAUCGGCGGAUUGUCGCGGCGGGUCAGGAUGGGCGUGCGGUCAUUAUGGAUUUCGGGUAUGGGCUUGAUGGGAUUGAGAUGCUUGAAGAGUGAUUUACAGGAGUUUAUAUUUCAAGGGCGGUAUAUUUCUCUCUUUGCUUUUUACAAUUUUCCCUUUUUCUUGCUCGUUUUGUGUAAUUUCUUAUUCUCAUUUUUUUUUCCUGGCCCAUUUUCCAUCGUCUUUUACCUGGUUUUUCUUCAAAUAGGAAUGAUUUCAUCCUCAUUGCCAUCUUUUCCUUCUUUCUAAUCACGCAUUCUUGUAAUCAUUUACCAUUUUAUUGUGUAUGUUUGUUGCAUUUUCAUGUAUUACCUUCAUAGAUGGUCGUUUUUUUUUAAUCUCAGUUUUGAUUUCUUUUCUCC